AUGCUUCGCUCAUUUUUAAGAACUUCAGGGAAGUUAGUGGCUGGAACGAGAUUCUGCAGUAUGAGUAACGAAUCAUCAUCAUCAGGAGCUGCUAUCAACAAGUUGAAUACUAACAAGAAUGUUUCGGAUAUAACUGAUGAAGAAUGGAAGAAAGUGCUUUCACCAGAAGAGUAUGAAGUCACAAGAAAAGCAGGCACGGAGCCUUCUCAUUCCGGAAAGUACGACAAGUUCUUUGAGAAAGGACGAUACAUAUGUUUAUGUUGCGGUGCUGAACUUUUCAACUCUGACUCGAAGUACUGGGCAGGUUGUGGAUGGCCAGCAUUCUCAAAAUCGAUUGGUGAAGACAUGAACAUCAUUCGCAUAGUUGACAAAUCAUACGGCAUGGAGAGAACGGAAGUCAGAUGUAAAAAGUGCAAUGCUCAUUUGGGUCAUGUAUUCGACGAUGGUCCAAAAGAGACAGGAGAGAGAUAUUGUAUUAACAGUGUAAGCAUGGAAUUCGAACCAGCUAAGUGA